AGGCAGCCUCACUCACUGGUACCAGGUUUUUCAAUCACAUCAGUGCUAUUUAUAGUUUCAGAGGCAAACCAAUCGUGUCCAGCAGGAUUUACCGGAAGUAAUUGUUCUACCGGUACGUAUUUUAUAGAUUUUCUUAUUUCCAGGGGUUUCUGACGUUUUUAACGGGGUGGUAGCUUUGACGAUUGACGGUUAUUUUUUUUGCCAAUUAUGACGUUUGACGAUUAAAUUUUAGACCUUUUGACGGUUGACUGUUAUUAAGUAGAAAUUGAAUCCAAGAGUUUAAGUAAGCGUUAAUUUCUGUAUUAAUUAAUAUUAACUAUUGUGUUUUGGAGGUUGACUUGGUCUUUCACCCUUAAAAUUUAGAAACAUUUUCAAAUGUAAGCAAGUUGUAAGGUCUUUUAAUGUCUUAAGAGAGUGUUUUUGAGAACAUGGAAACUGGUUUUUCCAGCUAAAAGGCUCUUCAGGAGCCAGACGUCCGUGAAGAUCAGCUGAAGUAGGUGAGAUUUGAGAUACCUUGAAAUUUUUGGGCGGUUAAUAUUAAUGUGCAUUUUUAAAGGUUGACGGUAAAAAAAUUAUCUUUUCGACGGCUGACGAUAUACAUUGAGACCCUCGUUUGUUAAUUAAUUAUUGACCUUUCCAAAAAUUGCUUUCAAAUGCCAUGUGGCAGUUUGGUUGGCCACCAACUGACCACACCCCAUUGAAAGGAGUGACGAUUCUCCUAUUGUCUGGACAUGUGACGAAUUGUAGUUGGCUCGAAGGGCCAAGAGGAAUGGGCAAAAUUAAACGAGAACGUAAAUUACCACCACUGAUGGUGGCAUAACACAACCCAAACUAAGAUCAUGAGAUCAUGAAUGCACGGGGGGGGGGGGGGGGGGGGGAAAUUAUAACUAUGUGCGCCGAGAAGAUCGAGAGUGAGUAAAAAAAUAAAUAAGAACAUGGAUAUCACAGAGCGAGGGUGGCGCUAUACCACAGAAGAAUCACACAUGAAAGAUGGGAACGGGGGGGGGGGGGGGGGGGGGGUAUGAGAGGAGAAUAGUUGAUUGUCAUAUUUCAGUAUCAGAUUAGUAGUUACGUCAAGGAUGCUUGUACAUCAUUCGACAUAUUUCAAUCUGUUCUAUUGUUUUACAGACAUUAACGACUGUAUUGGUGUUAGUUGUUCAGGCAAUGGAAAUUGUAGUGACCGUGUAGAUGGCUACAUUUGUUUCUGUAACAGUGGCUUUUUCGGAAUCAACUGCGAAGUGGGUAAGGCGAGUCACCUCAUCCAAUAGUCUCAUUAGGUUAUCUUAGAAAACCUUUUAAUCUUAAACUAUUUUCAUAACAUUAACCUAUUCCUAGACAUACAUAAUAGUGAUACAAUCUUACUUGGGCCAUCCACAAACAAUCCAUUCGACCCCUGUGACACAGGCUACUCAGUCCGUGGGCAUGUAUAAGAUUGCCACAGCGAAUACGCAGGGUUCUAGGUUUUGAGGGCCUAUUAUUGCGGAGUCCCUAAAGAGAAUAUAAAGUAUGUAUUUUGUUACACAUGCAAAGCUUGUAAAGACGAGAUGUUCAUGCAAGUACUGAGACACAAGACUGGUACUAUGUUUCAGUUAAAAACAGCCUGCAUCAUUUUAUUUUUGCAGAGUGCUGUCUGUACCCGACACCACUAAUUAAUUGUAGAAACGAUCCCUGCUCACCCCCCAUCUCCACCUCGAAAAGCACUCUCCCGGGUUUCAACUAUAAACAAACUGUCCUUAAAGCUCUAACAAUAAGUACUAGAUAAAUUUGACGUUGUUAGCUAUUAAGCCUUAACAAGCUAACCUUUUUCUGUACAGGUGCUGAUACGUGUUCACCUAAUCCUUGUAAAAAUAAUGGGACUUGUAUCAAACAAGGAAUUUCCUUUACAUGCAACUGCGUCUCAGCCUACGAAGGAACAAGAUGUGAAUCAAGUAAGUCCAGUUAAAGCAACAAUUCUGGCUAAUGUCAUUUAAUAUGAAUCUUACUCACGCUACCUUCAUAUAUCAACUCGAAAUUAAGUAAAACUUUACAGAGUGAUUACUUAAUGACAACGAAUUGCCUUGCCUAAAUUGCCUUGAUUCUCGGUAACAUUUUCAGUAUAGGAGGUCUCCUUACCUUUGAUUCUUUAUUCAAAAUAAUAACUUAAAAAUAAUUGUUCAGUUUCGCGUCAUACAGUUCCUCACAUCAGGGCCAAAAAAGUACCAAAUAAGUUUAAUGCAGUACCUUCAGCUUGUCAGUAAUGUGUUCUCUGUUUUCUGAAGUUCAUCACCCAGACAUUUAUUGGAGCAAGAUAAUUGUCUUGUUGUGUUUCCCAUUUUCAGAGAAGCCACCAAUCACGUUUUCAGUAACAACCAAGCUGAGAAACAGACAGUAUAUCUCCGACCUUGCCGUUUUAACCAAACCUAACACGCGUGCUCUUAUCUUAGAGCUCACCAAUAUAUUCCAGCCUUUCUUCAUGAAGAUGUUCCCUGACUUUCUUGCAAUCAGUUUCCUUGGAUUUUCCUCAGGAAGUUUGGUGACAAACUUUGACGUAACAUUUGAGGCAACAUCGAAUGUUUCAAGCAGAAAUAUUAUCCAGGCACUCACAACUGCCAACAACUCUAGAGACCUGCAGUUUCUAAUUUUCGAGGAGAUUACAGUUAUGUCUGUAGGAAAUAUGAAUACGCCCUCAGAAACCCCGACAGGUUUGUUCUGA